AUGUCAAGCACAGACGGAAUCACAGUGCCGCCCUCCAAUUUUGUCGCCACGCCAGACGUGCAAGAGGCGCUAUAUGAUAUUCGCCUUGCGAAGUAUCUCUUCCUUGUAGCUUUCAUCGUUGCUGUAUAUGAUCACGCUUGUACACUGCCAGAGGAGAUAGAGACCGUGUGGAAAAAGAAACGAAAGACAUUCUUUUUAUACCUAUUCAUUUUCGUCAGAUAUUAUACUCCUAUUGCAUUGAGUGUGGGCGCAUUCGUGUUUUUCUCUACGUGGGUGACCCAUGAACGCUGCUUGCAUUGGAUGUACUUCAUGCCCAUAGGAGUGACCUUAUCACUCAUGCUCUUACCUGGUAUCCUCAUGGCUAUUCGAGUAUACGCACUGUGGAACAAGAACAUGCUCAUACUCUCUGUGCUUCUAAUUUACUUGAUAACGCAAAUCGCCAUAGGCGUAUGGAUGGCUCUGUUGCCAGGCGGGAAACGUAAGGUCCUUCCUGUUUCAGCGGUAUCGCUCUCAUCAAACCAUCCCUCAGCCCUUGGUUUGCCGUCGUCCUCGGUCUAUAUCUUCAUGGACCUGGGAUACGGCACCAUGAUCUUUUCUCUCACCAUCUCACGUACGAUCUACAUGAGUCGCAAAGUUAAUGGGUAUGGUGGAAGGAAUACCAGUCUCGCGCGCAACCUUGCCAGAGAUGGCGCGCUUUAUUUCGGGGGGAUUUGCGUAAUGAACCUUACGUGGGUGCUCAUGAUUGUGCUAGGCUCCUCGCACAUACACGCUCUUGUUGCCAUCUUCACUGUUAUGCUCAUCAGUCGUAUCACUCUAAACCUUCGUAUGAUGGUCUAUGGUCCUGCUAAUGUUGAUGAGCGUACAUUUGACGGCAUUCCGCUUGCUACACUUGGUCCACCAAAUCGACGGCGUCCCACGCGGAUUCAUGAUAUUGGUAGCGAUGCAGCCGAAGUACCUUCUUGA